AUCUUUGUCCCGAGUGUGUCCAGAGUGAAUUAACUUAUCACGGCAAGUAAACGCUGCGAUAACAAUGUUAGUACUAUGCAUGUCUGGCCAGAUAUCUUACUCGUGUUCUGCUGUGUACUUUACGCCGCACGUUGUUGAAAGGUUUCUAAAUGGAUGUGCUUAGCAGUCAUCAGACCCCAGCCCCGCCUCAUCCAUCAUGGAAGCCAACAGCACGGCGGACAUCUUGAGCUCGGCCUACCUGGCAGCGGAGUACGUGGACGCCGUCCUGCCGGGGAACCCCCUGCAGCCGUCACUGAAGCACGCCUGGGCCUACAUGCUGGACAACUACACCAAGUUCCAGAUCGCCACCUGGGGCUCCCUGGUGGUGCACGAGCUCAUCUACUUCCUAUUCUGCCUGCCCGGCUUCCUCUUCCAGUUCAUGCCCUUCAUGCAGAAGUACAAGAUCCAGCAGGACAAACCAGAAACGUGGGAGAACCAGUGGAGAUGUUUCAAGAUGUUGCUCUUCAACCAUUUCUGCAUCCAGCUACCUCUCAUCUGUGGCACGUACUACUUCACCGAAUUCUUCAACAUCCCCUACGACUGGGACUCCAUGCCGCGCUGGCCGUACAUCCUGGCCCAGUGUUUGGGCUGCGCGGUGGUGGAAGACACGUGGCACUACUUCCUCCAUCGGCUGCUCCACCACCGCAGGAUCUACAAGUACAUCCACAAAGUCCACCACGAGUUCACGGCGCCGUUCGGCAUGCAGGCGGAGUACGCCCAUCCUGCCGAGACGCUCAUCCUCGGGGCCGGUUUCUUCAUCGGCAUCAUGAUCUUCUGCAACCACGUCUUCUUCCUGUGGGCCUGGGUGGCUUUCCGUCUGCUGGAGACCAUUGACGUGCACAGUGGCUACGACAUCCCAAUCAACCCGCUGCACCUGCUCCCGUUCUACGCCGGCUCCCGCUUCCACGACUUCCACCACAUGAACUUUGUGGGCAACUACGCCUCCACCUUCACCUGGUGGGACAAGCUGCUGAAGACUGACAGCCAGUACAACAAGUAUUUGCACAAGAAGGAGCAGUAAAGAAGAGGAUCUGGAUGGAAGGUCUUCUGUAGGCAGCAGCAGACUCCAAUAAAAACCUCUAUAUUCUUCUUUUGCUACUUUAUUUGGUCUUUAAGUGAGGAAGAACACAUACAAGAAACUCUAUAGACUCUGCACUUUACAGCACUGCCUUUUUUUCAUCGUCUUUGUGGUGAUCAGCCAUCUUGGAUUUGUUUGGUGUGUUUUCAUGUGGGAAUAAACGUGUUUGAUAAAGUC